AUGCUCUAUGAAAGCAUACUGACUGUCCCUCAAGCGGACGCCCUUUUCACUCCUCCUUCUUCCUACUCUCCUCAGAAGACGCUCUCGAGGCUGGACUUUCGCCCGGACCCAUUCUCUGACGACACACUAGACGCCGACAUCUUUAACAUGGCCGGUAGUGGGUCACCAACACCCUACAUCAAAGAGGAGCACGACGACUUCACUCACAACAACUUCAUCUCUCAAAGCGGUUACAGUAUGAACUCCUUUGGGAACCAGCAGUUCAGUGCCCCCCACGACAGUGGGAACGGUAUCAACCCUUCCGAUCUCACCAUGAGCGGAAGCAUGAACAUGAACAACCACUUCGGUGGCUCUAACGGCUACAUCGCCGGAGGUGCGGGCAUUGCAGAUGACGAGCUCGCAGAUUCGCUCGGCAACUUUGAGCAGCACCAAGGGUUCGAUACCUUUGGUCAGAACGACCGUUCUCACCAGAAUGAGUUCUUCCAAGCGAACAGCGGCCAUGUCAUCGGAAGCCAUCAGAACAUCAAUCAUCAGAUUUACUCCCAUACUCCUGACGAUGCUCCCAUUCAGAGCCCCUUUGUCAACCCCAACGGGUUUGACUUCAACCAAUAUCAAAACCGGCACCCUAUGGGUUUCUCCACCAGCAUGCAGGGUAGCCAGGCACGUCCACGCAUCUCCAUGAGCCGCCUUCCGUCCGACAACAGGAGUCCCAUGUCACCCAAGACGCCGGCUAUUAGCAAUCUUCACUUGGGCACACCAGACUCUGGCAACUUCGGCGCUCAGCCGAUCAUGGCUUCACGCAUGCACGGUCACAAGCCUAGUGUGUCAAGCCAGUGGGAUGGCACUCCAGGAAGCGGCCAUUCUAACAGUUGGGUGGACUCGCCCAGCUCUCCUCACGCGGGUACCCUGCAGCAUCACCAGAUCUCAGAGGUUAUGCACUCUACCAAGCAUGCCUCUUUGCCCGCCAAGGUCGACAUUGGUCAGACGCAAGAUGCCAAGAAGCGUCGCCGUCGUGAAUCUCACAACCUUGUUGAGCGCCGUCGUCGUGACAACAUCAACGAGCGUAUCCACGACCUCUCCCGGCUCGUACCGCAACACCGCCUAGAGGAUGAGAAGAUUCGCAAGCACAUCAACAAUAACGGCCCACUCUCACCUACGUUGGGCGCCAGUGGCAUGUCACCGCCACAAGCAACCUCGUUGCUGGCUGGUGGUGCUGGAAGGCGAGCUGCUGGCAAUAUCACGCAAGGUCUACCCCUUGAAGAGAAGGACAAGGGUCCCAACAAAGGUGACAUCCUCAACGGUGCCGUUAGCUGGACCCGCGAUCUCAUGUGGCUGCUAUACAAGAUGACGCAGGAGCGCGAUGAAAUGCAAGCUCGUCUGCAACAGCUCUCGCCCGGAGAGAACUGGGAGCCGGACCAGAGCGAAGAAGUACGUCGCAUGCGCACGGAGCUAAUGGAGGCUGUCGAAAAGAACGGCUUCUCCACUUUCAAGUACUCCCGUGGCCCGGGUUCCGGACUGCGUGUCCCGAAGCACACGAACCUCGCCGGCGAGCCAAUCAGCCACACGCCGCAGAGCCUUAGCCCCGACGGCAGCGGUUCGAACAUCAAUGCGACCAACACUUCACAUCAAUACUGGACCAACCAGAGUUUGAAAGAAGAAGAUGAAAGCUUCAUGGAACUCAACUAA